AUGCCGGUACAAACCAGUCCACCGUCCUUCCCGGACUCGUUUCCUUCAUUUAUGUCCGUCUACGGUGGCUUGCCACCCCAGUACGAGGAAGAAAGCUCCUGUCAUCUCCAAGCCUCUGCUCAUUUCUCUUCGCGACGUCUUCGUCCCCAUCGCGAGAGUAUAUCCUCUACCGCUUCCGCCUCCACGGAAUCCUCACCUACCACCACCAUCUCUCCCUUUGACUCGCCCUCGGGCGGGGAUAUCUCUCCUAGCUCCUCCCCAGAAUCACCCUCGGUCAUGUCCUUGUCUUACCCUAAAUUGGCGCCCCCGGCUCGUGCUCUCGAAGUUGCUGCGCGUCCGACAAUGUCCGACAGCUCAAGGUUAUUGUCCGCGCCCCAGGUGCGUCCGGACUCGCCCAAUCGUCGAGCCCGGAAUCUGAAGAACUUGUCCUUGCGAAUGCCACCACCGACAAACUCGCGACCCCCAAUUGCCACCGCAUCCCUGGUGGAGACAUCGUCCAAACAUCUUUCUGCCCCACCAUCUCCGAUACAGUUCCCCCCCAAGAGCUCCCGGCGGCGUCCCGCGAACCUCACCAUUCAAACCCCCACAUUCAACAAAUCUUUCACUGGAACCGACAUUGUACCUCCAACUCCUUCGCUUGGACAGCAUUCAUUACGACAUGCGGAGUCAUCGCCUUCACUUGCUUCGAUCAGCUCACCUUCGUUUGCCCCACAAGGUGGCAUGCAACUUCCUCGGCCUAUGUCGCAUACCACGCGUCGUUUCUCCGGCACCUCCCUCGAUACUGCUCCUUCCCUGGCCUCUAUUGCAGAUAAAGAGACUACCUCUCGACGCGUUCUCCCUGGUCUAGAAGAAGAGGACGAUCACAUCGACUCACGCGAGUCCACCCGGAAGAAGGACCGCGGGUACCCGAACGGCCCCAUUCGGAUUCACGACACUGGCGUUUACCUUUACUUGGAACCCAACGCAGAGGAAGCGGCGCAAUUCGAUGUGGUUAUCAAUGUUGCGAAAGAAGUUCGCAACCCAUUCAACAAGACACAAGGCGAGCGGAACGACACCGUGAUGAGCACAUGGCGCAACGCGUCCAUGGCAUCCAAGCGAUUCUCGAUGGAAGAUCCUCAAACUGCCAUGUCAGAGAUGUCUUUCAAGUCCGCGUUCGAAUUCCAGCCCGACUCAGCAUCUGCGACCCCUACUACCUCCACCCCGAAAUCCGCUCCGCCAGAGUAUAUUCACGUCGGUUGGGACCAUAACUCUGAGAUCUUGGACGACCUCCUUCCGCUGUGUGAGCUGAUUGAUGAGCGGAUCGCUCAGGGCAAGAAAGUGCUCGUUCACUGCCAAUUGGGCGCGAGUCGGUCAGCAUCUUUGGUUAUCGCUUAUGGUCUGUACAAGAAUCGUCACAUGGACUUCAACUCCAUGUACGAAGCGGUCAAGGGACGCAGCCAAUGGGUGGGCCCGAACAUGAGCCUCAUUUACCAGCUUACGGACUUCCGAGGUCUUUUGACACGCGGAUCGCCUUCCCGCCCUGCUCCUCACGAGUGGUGGUCAAAGAACGGUAAUCGAAGAAGCUCGGAGCCUCAACUCACUCAUGAGGAGCGAGCAGCAUUGGCAGAGACUCCUCAGCCUCCUUCCCACGGUUCGGCACAAGCACCUCCUGUGGAUUGCUUGUCUAUUCCACUACCACCCCCACGCCUGUCUCGUCCGAAGACUAGUGACAACGGGAAUCGGUCGCCGAAGCGCAGCCUAUCCCCUCGUCCGUUGCCAUUCCGGCAAAAGUUCCAGUCUGUGGAGCCUGCGUUUGGGAGACCUAGAGGUAUUCCACGUAAUGUGAACAGCUGUGAUCCCCUCGUCCAAACCCAUGUGUUCGUGCGCGACGCCCCAAGUAAUGGUGGUCUCUUCUCACCCAACGCUGGUCUGUUCUCACCGAGAACCUCAGGCUUCUUAGCUCCACCUGCUUCUGUGCCUCCUCGAGGCAUUGAUACCGUUGCAGACGCUCCCAGCGCUGCGCAAUAUGCCAACGACAUAGCCGAUCCCAGAUCUCCUCCCCCUCCUGCAGGAGGUGAACGCAUGAUCAUGAGGAACAUUGACGAGUUCCUGUAA